AUCGAUCUUGUAAUUUUGUUUUCACAGGUCACUCGAGUUUAUCCAUUUUUAUUUUUCUUCUCGCCGUCGCCAUCACCGGAGAUAAUUUCCGUGGUGCUGCGUUUGGCCUCAAGGUUAUUUGAGAUCUCAAUUGAAGAAAGAAACAGAGAGAAGAAGAAGAAGACGAAGAACAUAAUCAAGGAAUUGAAAUUUGAUUCUGAUCUCUCUCUCACCAAAAACUAUGAACACGACGUUACGUUACGAUCCAAGACAGAUCUCGAGGCAAACGAAACCGUCUGAUACUCCAUCGUCUUCUCCGUCUCGUAGUCACCGGAGACAGCCUUUGCUUCAGAGAAGUCUCUCUUCUCCCUCACCAAGAGCUUCUUGCGGCGGAUCUACUCCCGCUGAGUUUUGCGGUGGUACGACGGCGAGUUGCGCCGCCGUUUGGUGUUGUUGUCCUUGUGGACUCGUUAACCUCCUCGUUCUCGCGAUCUACAAAGUUCCUAAAGGAAUCUGCCGUCGCGCUAUCCGUAAUCGCCGCCGUAAACAGCUCGUGAAGAACGGAAUCCUUCCGCCGCUUCCGACGGACGGGAAAAACGAGCGGAUGCAGAGAGUUUUUCAGAAUUCUGAAUUCGCGAUUCAUCCGUUGGAUAGCGAAGAUGUGUCUGACGACGAAGAUGAUGAUAAUUUCUUGGAUCUGAAGUAUAUCGGAAAAUCGGUAGCGGCGGCGGGGUUUACGACUGAGGAGGAAACUGAUGAAGACGACGAGGCGGUGUUAGCAUUAGAGAAAGAGAUGUGGAAUAGAUUUUACGGCGCUGGGUUUUGGCGAAGUCCGUCACAGAGAGAAUCGGUUUCGUCUCCGAGAGUUUCCAAGUCUCUUUCGUCAUCGCCGAGACCGUCGUUUACUGAAGUGUACCGGAAUAGGGACACAACGGUUAAAGGCGGAGGAGCUACGGUGGUGGCGGCGACACCAAGAGCCGUUAGGCAUUUUGAUUAGGAAAAAUAUGUCUCAAAAUGUCUUUUGUUAAUAGUUUCAUUCGUGUGGUGAGUUUUGUUGUGUGUAAGCUCAAAGUGUGUGUCAAAUCUUUGGAGUGUGAUUUUAUUUUCCGAUGGUAUUGGGGUUAUAUGACAAUUCGAACUGGAAUUGGUGUGUGAUGUGUGUUUUGUCGAAAUGUGACAUGACAUCUUGAUUAUCAUUAUGAUGGAGUGGAUAUUAAACGAGAUUAGUUCAA